AUGACAGCUCUUUCUCCAGAGAACUGUUCUUUUCAGUACCAGUUACACCAGCCACACCAGCCUCUAGAUGUUAAUUGUGUGUUAUAUUUGAUCAUACUUGGGAAAAUAUUAUUGAAUAUCCUCACACUAGGAAUGAGAAGAAAAAACACCUAUCAGAAUUUUAUGGAAUAUUUUUGAAUUUCACUAACAUUUGUGGAUCUUCUACUUUUGGUGAACAUUAGCAUUAUAUCCUAUUUCACAGAUUUUAUUCUUUUAGGCAUUAGGUUUACUAAAUAUCACAUUUGCCUAUUUACUCGAAUUAUUUCCUUUACUUAUGGCUUUUUGCAUUACCCGGUUUUCUUGAUAGCUUGUAUAGAUUAUUGCCUGAAUUUCCCUAAAACUAACAAGCUGUCAUCUAAGUGUCCAAAGUUAUUUUAUUUCUUUGCUGUCAUUUUAAUUUGGAUCUCAGUCCUUGUUUAUGUUUUGGGGGAUCCAGCUAUCUACCAAAUCCUGAAGGCACAGAAUGUUUAUUCUUACCAGUGUCCUUUCUAUGUCAGCAUCCAGAGUUACUGGCUGUCACUCUCCAUGAUGCUGAUUUUACUUGUGGCUUUUAUAACCUCUUGGUCAGAAGUUAUUACCUUGAUCCAGGCUCUUAGGAUAAUAUCCUAUAAGAAUGAAACUAUACCAUAUUUUCCUUUUUCAUCCCACUCUAGCUACACUGUGAGCUUAAAAAAAAUACUCUUGUCCAAGCUUGUUGUCUGUUUUCUUGGUACUUGGUUACAAUUUGUACUACUUCAGGAAGUCAUCCUUUUACUUGAAGUACAGAUUCCAGCAUAUAUUGAGAUGAACAUUCCCUGGUUGUACUUUGUCAACAGUUUUCUCAUUGCUACAAUUUAUUGGUUUAAUUGUCACAAGCUUUACUUAAGAGAGAUCUCACUACCUGCGGAUCCAUUCAUCAACUGGAAAUGCUGCUUCAUUCCACUUACAAUUCAUAAUCUUGAGCAAAUUGAAAAGCCUAUAUCAAUAAUAAUUUGUUAA